AUGAUGAACAGUAACGAAUGUAAUUCACCACAAAUUACUUUCGCUAUUAACAAUGAUGUUCUAAGUUCGGCUAGACAAAUUCCACAAAAUCAAUCGUUUUCUAUUGUCGCCUUUACAUCAAUUAAUUGUUUACUAUCACUCAUGAACACAAAACAAUGGACAAUUGCACAAUGUAAUACGACUAAUGAACAGUGCUCACGUACAGUAUUGUUGGACAAUAUUUUGAAUCAAUUACCAACAUCGACAACAUCCGUAUUAUAUGUGCCAGCACGAACACUGGCAUAUGGUACAUAUCAGUUGAAUUAUUCGGUUUAUAUGAAUGCAAGAUCAACAGUUUCAUCAUACAAAAUAACGUAUAUUUCGAUAAUACAAUCUGAAAUAAUUGUAAAUCUCUUGCCAAACGAUACAUCAUGGAUAACUCGUGAUCGAUCUAAUUAUAAGUACGGUGUGAACAAUGAUAGAUCCAUAUUGACUAUACAGCCAUAUUCAUUACAAUCUAAUCGCACAUACGAGUUUAAGGUUGUUUUAACAAAUAUUCAUAAUUUGAGUUUACCUUCUACUGGCUAUGCAUUAGUUCAAGUUCAAGAUCUAAAUCAAAUUGACGCCACUAUCGCGUAA